AUGGUGCUGCAGCGCGAGGAAGUGUCCGCCCGAGAGGAGUUCACCUACACCCCCGUGUCCACCCUGGAAAGAGGCGGCUCCCUGGGGAGGCGAGCCGACAGGGACGGCUCGGAGCGGGACAGCUACACGGUGGACGUGAGGGCCAGCGACCUGCAGCUGGCUCAGCCGGAGGCUCUAAAGCACCCCUGCUUCAGCUACAGGGCCUGGCUCUACAGCGUCCUCAUUGGGGGCAGUCUUCUCAUCACCUCCGGGUUCUCUUUGUAUCUUGGAAACCUCUUUCCUGUUGCCAUGGACUACCUGCGCUGCGCUGCUGGCUCUGCCAUACCUGCAGCGAUCGCUAGCUUUGCUAUUGCUAAGAACAGACACGUCGCAGUGUCAGACUUCCAGGUGGUCUACGUGUCGACCUUUGCAGUGACGACCACCUGCCUGGUUUGGUUUGGAUGUAAACUGGUUGUCAACCCUUCAGCGGUCAAUAUCAACUUUAACCUCAUUUUGCUGAUUUUGCUGGAGGUGUUGACGGCCACCACUGUCAUCCUCUCAGCUCGAGCCGGAGAGGACUGCUGCUGCCACAGAAAGCCCGACCCGAGCCGGCGAUCUUCGUUCACGAGUCCUCCCGUAUACCCGACUCGUCUGCUGAAAGCGUACUCUGUGAUCGAAGUGAUCGUAGGAAUAUCCGCAGUGUUUGGAGGUAUCAUCGCGCUCAACAUGGACGCCUUGCAGCCCGGCCCGUACUUGUCGGUUACCUUUUUCUGGAUCCUCGUGGCUUGUUUUCCGAGCGCCAUCGCCAGUCAUGUGGUGUCGGAAUACCCCAACAAAUGCCUGGUGGAAGUUCUGAUCGCCAUCAGCAGCGUGACAUCUCCGCUCCUCUUUUCGGCCUCUGGCUUCCUCUCCUGCAGCGUGAUCAGUUUUAUUGACAUUUUUCUCCAUGACGUGCCUACAGCAAAGCAAUCCUAUGACAUCUUGCUGCUGAUUCUGCUGGCGCUGCUGCUGGCGCAAGCCAUUUUAAAUUCCGCCACGGUGGUGCACUGUGCCUUCUACAAGAGUCGGCUCCGCUCGAGGGCGUCGCAACAGUGCGAUGAGAGCACGGGGACCUUUGGACAGUACUGCGGGCAAACAUCCAAUGGAGUGUUGCAGAAUUUGAGCAAGGACAGGACCCGAAAGGCCGUUAUGGUGCAAAUCACUCAAUGA